UAGUGUAAAUGUUUUUGAUUCUUGGUAUCCAACCUGUAGAGAAUAUAGAUAUAAUGCUUUCAUCAUUUCAACUUUGCCGUGGUUUAGUAAGAUUUAACAACUGUAGAGCCAAAGUUAUAUAGAAUAUUCAUUUCUCAACAGGUUCAUAAUAGUAUUAAUCUCUCAAGAUUCUGACUAAUUGUUUUGAAUGCGUAUAAUUCAGGAUACUCGGUAUGGAAAAAACAUUUAUGGGCAUUCAGGUGGUCCAAGCCUAGAAUGGGCAAUCGUCAAGCUGUGCUUUCACCCGAAAAACUAGAACAAUAUCAGGACUGUACGUAUUUUUCGAAAACUGAAAUAGUUAGAUUGUACCAACGAUUUCGCGAACUUGGCCCGGAUAUAGUCCCGUCUUUUAUGCCGAAUGACUGCGUGGAAAGUGUUCUUGUUCCGGCGCAACUUGUUGGAAUGAUGUCGGAACUCAAGGACAACCCGUUUGUGGAACAAAUUAUCAAUGUGUUUUCUGACAAUGGAACGGGAUAUAUGAACUUCGAAAACUUUCUGGAUAUGUUCAACGUUAUGAAUGAUCAAGCAUCCGUUGAUUUGAAAACCAUCUACUCCUUCAAGAUUUUUGAUAACGACAAGGACAAAUCACUGAAUUCUACAGACUUGAAAUGGGCACUACAGAAGCUAACUAAAAAUGAACUUAAUAGAAACGAGAUUGAAUUAGUCGUCGAAAAGGUUAUUGAGGAAAGCGAGAUGGAUGACGAUUGGGAAAUAUCAUUUAUGGAAUUUGAACAUGUCGUAGCUAGGUCUCCCGACUUUAAAAAUACAUUUCGACUGAGAAUAUGAAGGACUUUUCAAUCUAUUUUCUAACUUCAAACAAGAGAGGAGGCGCCAGAAUCUACUUCUUGUGGCUUUUGUUUCAUCAGUUAUUUUGUAAUAAAAUACCUUGGAUUUAUUAA